AUGGCUGGCAAUCCCGGCUUGGCUUCUGGGCCAACCUUAACUGGAAGCGCCGGUGACUCGACAACGGAAAUGCAAGCUAUUAUAGAUGAAAUGAGGUUGCAAGAUUUCGAUUCAAUACGAUUUGCCACCUAUAGGGCAGCAUGUAAAUUACGCUUUAUCCAAAAAAAGACCAAUGUUCAUUUGGUUGAUAUUUGGAAUAUGAUAGAAUCAUUUCGUGAAAAUGGACUGAAUGCUCUUCCAGUUCAUUCUCUAGUGAAGACGUCUCGUCUUGAAUUACUACUUACUUCGAUAUUUCAUAACCUGAACAAGAGAUUAAUUUCUUCUCAGCAUAUCGAUACAGAUAGAACAAUUUCUAUGUUAUUGAGUUUUCUUUUAGGUGCCUAUGAUAAACUGCAAACAGGCCGAUUGACAGUUUUUUCAAUUAAAAUUGCUUUGGCCACUCUAUGUGCUGGAAAACUAGUGGACAAAUUGAGAUAUAUGUUCUCCCAAAUUUCUGACUCUUCUGGAUUCAUGGAUCAUACGCGCUUCAUUGAUUUCCUUCAACAAGUUCUAGCUUUGACUACUGCUGUUUUUGAAGCACCGACCUUUGGGUUUUCUGAAGGAGCUAUCAGCCAAUGUUUUCACAAAGAAGAGAAAGUCACUCUAAAUAUGUUUUUGGAUGUGUUUUUAUCUGAUCCGUGCCCUCCUUGUAUAAUGUGGUUGCCCUUGCUUCAUCGCAUGGCAGCAGUUGAGCACGUGUAUCAUCCUGUUGUUUGCGAUGCUUGUCAGGCUCGAUCUUUCACCGGAUUCCGUUAUAAAUGUCAACGUUGUGCUAAUUAUCAACUUUGCCAAAAUUGUUUCUGGCGUGGCCGAACAAGUCAAAACCAUUCGAAUGAACAUGAGAUGAAAGAAUACAGUAGUUAUAAAUCCCCAACUAAACAAUUGGCUCAUUCAAUUCACAAAUCUUUGCAAUGUGUUCCAACUGUGCCCCAAAAAAACCAUCCUCUCUUCAAUGAUCGGGUUCAGAGGCCUCUAGAACUUCAAAAUAUUGUUCCAGCCACUCCCACAACGCUCAGAAGACAUCCGCCUGAUCAUCAAAAUGAAUGGCAAAACUCUCCCAUCUUGUUACCUGGACAAAUUUCUUAUGGUGGAACGAUGGAUGAUGAGCACAAGCUCAUUGCAAGAUAUUCUGCAAAACUAAGUGGUAGAGCCGAUUAUCCUCUGGGAAACAUGACGGGGAACGAACAAAGCAAUAUUCCUCUAGAUGAACGACAACUGAUUGCACAACUUGAAGAAGAGAACACAGAUAUGAUGCGAGAAAUAGCUCGUUUGGAGAGUCAGACGCAGGGAGAUGACUCCCAGCUGAAUGGACUUAGAGACAGAAAAUCGCAUCUGGAAGAAAAAAUGUUUAUAAUGCAACAAAAAAGGAGAGAUCUCAUGAUGCAACUAGAGCAACUUAUGUCCCAACUUAAUAUUAAUCAAAGUGUAGUGUCAGGUUAUCCUUCCGUUUCUACAGGACAUCUUCCACUUGACGCUUUGUCAGGUCUAGGAAACAAAGUUUCUUCUGCCUUUAGAGCUGGUAGCUUACCUGCUAGCAGUAAUCUUCAGGGUGACUUAUUGCUCGCAGCCGACCAAAUCACUACUAACAUGAGUGAUUUUGUGAAAGAAUUAGAUCAAGGUAGUUGA